AUGGCGGACCCCGGGGUGUGCAGCUUCAUCACCAAGAUCCUGUGCGCCCACGGGGGGCGCAUGGCCCUGGAAGCUCUGCUCUGCGAGAUGCAGCUCUCCGAGGCGCAGCUCUGCGAGGUGCUGGAGGAGGCCGGGCCCGACCGCUUCGUGGUGUUGGAGAUGGGCGGCAAGGAAGGGGUCACCCGGUCCGUGGUAGCCACCACUCGAGCCCGGGUCUGCCGUCGCAAGUACUGCAACAAACCCUGCGGGAACCUGCACCUCUGCAAGCUCAACCUGCUGGGCCGGUGCCACUAUUCGCAGUCGGAGCGGAAUUUAUGCAAAUAUUCUCACGAGGUUCUCUCAGAAGAUAACUUCAGGGUCCUGACAAACCAUGGGCUCUCUGGACUGAACCAAGAGGAAUUGGCGGUGCUCCUCCUCCAAAGUGACCCUUUUUUUAUGCCCGAGAUAUGCAAGAAUUAUAAGGGUGAGGGUGGAAGACAGAUUUGUAACCAGCAGCCCCCGUGUGAAAGACUCCACGUCUGUGAACAUUUUACCCGAGGGAACUGUGGUUAUGCCAACUGCUUCCGGUCCCAUAACCUGAUGGACAGAAGGGUGCUGGCCGUCAUGAGGGAGCACGGGCUGAGCUCAAGCGUGGUCCAGAACAUCCAGGACAUCUGCAAUAGCAGGCACCGCCGGAAGAAGCCCUCAGCGUGGAAAGCUCCUCCUCCCCAUCGUAGAGACCCAGCAUACAGAGCGAGGAGUAGGAGCAGAGACCGGGGCAGCGAGGAAUUUCUUCCAGCAGCUUCAACUCCUGCCCAGAGGUCCUGCUCAGCAAGCCCAGAGCCUGCUGGCCACCGCGGCUCUGUCCCGAGUGAUGGGCCUGUCGAGGAUCUUGCCCACAAAUUCUCGCAUCUGGGAAGUCAGGAGUGUCCCCCGCCUGCCUCCGUCCCGUCUGCAGCUGUUGUUCUCAGAGGAACCCAUCAAGGGGGAGGAAGCCAGAAGCUUGCAGAGAACGGCAGCCCAAAGGAUCUUUUCUAUGGGAAUCAUAGUGAUUUGACACCAGCCUUCAACUGGAAGGGCCCUGCGUCCUGGCAGAAUGACCAGGACACCGGUAAAAAGAGUUGGCUUUCCUCCAGUCCAGCCUUCUCCUUCUCUCCUCCCGGUUCUCCGCAAACACCUGAAACCAUCACCACCAGAAAGAGCACCGCUGUCCUUUCCUCGGACCAUGUGAAUGCUGAGUGCAGGAGUGGGAAUCAAGACAGCCAGCAUUUCCCGCUUUUUGAUAAUAAGGCUGAUGGCAUGGCCGUAGAUACCACCUCCACGAGACUGGCAAAUUACCAAACCCCAAGCAGUAGUCAGAGAGAAAAAUCGUUACCUAGGAAUCCAGACAUCGGAACACCUCGGAGUCAUCUGCCCACCGCUGGCAAGAUAACUGGGGAUGGAGCCGCGGCCUUUGUUAACGAUUCUGUACCUGAGGCUGCCAGUACCAUAUCGUCCAGGAUGAAAGAACACAGCUCAAACGAAAUUUGUCUUGACCAUCUGUAUAAGAGUUGUCAACUUAAGAGCUGCAACAAAGUUCAUUUUCACCUGCCCUACCGGUGGCAGAUGUUACUUGGAAACAGCUGGGUGGACCUUCCGUUCAUGGAGGAUAUUGAGAAGGCCUUUUGUGACCCCAAAAACUGCAGCGUUUCUGUUGGCAGUUAUAACAUCAGUUUCCAGAAGAUGAUUUGUGAUUUUAAUCCCGUCCGACGUAUCUCCACACCUUCAUCCGUCACAAAGCCGGCCAGUUCUCUGUUUACCACAAAAUGGAUUUGGUACUGGAGGAAUGGAGCUGAUGAAUGGGUUCCAUAUGGGGAGAAGAAAGACAAUGAGCACAUUUCGAGCAUUGACUCUUCAUACCUGGAGUCUCUUUUUCUAUCCUGUCGGAGGGGGGUUGUGCCGUUUCAGGCGGGUUCACGCAACUACGAGCUGAGUUUUCAAGGGAUGAUUCAGACAAAUAUAGCUUCCAAGACCCAAAAGGAUGUCAUCAGAAGGCCAACGUUUGUGUCUUACUGGGAUGUGGAGCGGGUGAAACGCAGACAAGAUCCUCAGCAGGGGCAGACCUCCUCAGAACCUUUCGUCAAUAUAUAUCUUCCCCAACCGGACGCGAGCGUCUCAGUCUCGAAUAGCUUUGAGCUGCUUGAAAUCCCUGACAAUACUCCAGAAUAUGCUAAAGUAAGUGAUCAUUUUAAAGCUUCCAUGAGAAAUUUCAAGAUUGAAAAGAUAAAGAAGGUCCAGAACUCACAGCUCUUGAAGGCUUUUAAAAGCAAGAAAAUGGAGAUGAAGAGAGAAGAGCAAAUCCUAUUUUGUGCAGCAAGACGCAGCAACGUGGCAUCUAUCUGUGAGAAUAAUUUUGACUGGUUCUUACAUGGAAGUCAUGACACCAAAUAUGGAAAAGGAAACUACUUCACAAGAGAUGCCAUUAGUUCCCAUAAAAAUUAUCCGUUUGAUUCCAAAAACAUCGUUAUGUUUGUAGCCCGAGUCCUGGUUGGAAAUUUCAUUGAAGGACAUAUGGGUUACCAGAGUCCCCCUCCGCGGUAUGACAGCUGUGUGGAUACAAGAUUGAAUCCCUCUGUUUUUGUCAUCUUUCAGAAAGAUCAGAUUUACCCAGAAUAUGUGAUUGAAUAUACCGAACUAGAGAAAUCAGAGAAAACAGAGAAACCCUGCGUGAUUAGUUAG